UUUUCUUCCUCAUCUGCUAGCUGAGGUGCUCUGAAGCUGUUGCUAAUAGUUUGGGUUUUACUGGCAACAAUUGAAGAUGAGGAAGUUUUUCGAAGACAUUAAAAAAGACAUUACAUUUAAGUCUGCGGGGCCCGGAAAGAAAUUAACUGACGACACCAGCACUAAGCUGGAGGUGGUGCAGAGCAGCUCGGAUUCGAAGAAGAACCGCCACGCUCCCAGCGAAGGAGCCCAGAGGGCCGGAGCCGCAGCCCUGGCCAGGAUUGAACAGAAACAACGGCCGAAGGUGCACACUUCCCAGGAUGUGAUCAGAAACCAGGGAGUGAAUUAGUGGAGAAGAAUGCCAUGCUUCGCACUAAAGCCAUGAGGGAGAAGGAGGAACAAAGGCAGAGAAAGAAAUACAACUACACCCUGCUCAGGGUCAGAUUGCCUGACGACAACCUGCUACAAGGCACUUUUUAUGCCUGGGACCAGCUCUCUGUGCUGUUUGAAUUUGUCCGAGAGUCACUGGUGGACUGCUGGCAGCCCUUCAAACUGAUCGCUCCUGGAGGUCAGACAUUACAGGAGUCUGAGAAAGUUUCUUUUGUAGAGUCUAACUUGGUGCCUGCCGCCCUGCUCACGUUUGCCUGGGUUGCUGCGGUGCAGGAUGACAUCGCUGCUGCAGGCGGGAAAAGUCCCACAAUUCUGAAACCAGAGCUGCUGGAAAACAUCCAAACGCUGAGCUGAGAAGCAUUGCUGUCCCUACUCUUGACCUUUUUAGUUAUUAACGUGCAAAGUCAGUAUUUUACAAUGCAUUAUGGUCUAGAUAGUAUCAUGCCUCCUUUUGGUUUGUUGAAAUAAGUUAAACAAUGUUUAUAUGUGUUUGUAGUGUUUCAGGUGUGCUCUGCAGGCAUUCUGACACCAGGCAACACUGAAACUUGGGCUUUUUGCUAUCAUAACGUAAAAUAGACUGAAUGCUGACCUUGAGUAGCGGAAAAGGCGAUGAACCUAUUUGAGCACGUGGUGCCUGAUUGCACAUUAGUUAACUGUGUUGGAAAAAUAUGCGUUGUUCAAAAAGGUAUGUCCGAAUAAACAGGAUUCAGCUGGA